AAUGAAAAAGAUAAAGACUGACAGAGGUGGAACAUUUUACUCCUCGGAUUUUUUUGUCUUGUCUUCUCUAUUUCAGUCACUUAACUAAAGCGAAGCCUCGACGACGUGUCCAGCACGAGCUAUAUCACGGACUCAAACAUCAGUCAUCUUCAAGUCUCGGCACUCGUUACUUUAGCCUCGCCUAUCCUAGCCUAGCCUAGCCUAGCGGUAGCUUUAGGUAAACAAUCCGCUACUACACCGGCCGCUAACAAAGCUACAAGGCACGUUUUCAAGCGUUCAGAUGUCAAGUGAGGAAAAUGUCCGCGAGGAUCACACCGGCUGCAGUUAAAUUCCAGGAGGACCUUGGUGGAGUAAUAGAAGAGCCUCCACGUCAGCAACACUCGACUGUGUGUGAAAUAAUGCACGCAAAGGUUGUUCUUCACAGACUAGAAGAUUUCAGAAGAUAUCAUGGUGCACCUGGUGUAAAAGAGGAUGUUGAGCUCCCCCAAAUCAAAGAGGAGCAGGAGCCAAAGCCCUGUCAACAGAAGCAACUUCCAAUCAAAAAGGAGGAGGAGGAGGAACUGCCAUAUGGUAAAGAGGAAGACGAGGAGCAUAUCACCAUGUUGACUGGUGAGCCCUUGAAGAGUGAAGAUGACCUGAGUGAGGCCAGCAGAGCGGCGGAGCCUCCAAGAGGGGGGAGUAGCAUCAGCUCAACAGAAGGACUGCAAGCAGACAUUUACAUUGCUCCAUCAGACAGAGAUGGCGCCACGUCACACUCACCUUGCAAUGAUGAUGGUCAUAAGACAUGUCAUGGUGACGAUAAACUCUGCAAAUGCUCUCAGUGUGGGAAAUGCUUUGCUACCAAGCAAACUUUUCGUGCGCAAAUGAGGAGGCACAAUGGCGAAAAGCCUUUUUCCUGCUCAGUUUGUGGUCAAAGAUUCAGUUGCAAUAGCACCUUAAAACAACACACAAGAACCCACACUGGUAAAAAAACUUUUUCCUGCUCAAUUUGUGGAAAACGUUUUGUUCAAAUGGGAGACUUAACAAAACACACAAGAACCCACACUGGCGAAAAACCUUUUUCCUGCUCAGUUUGUGAUCAACGAUUCACUUGGAAGCAUCACUUAAAACGACACACAAGAACCCACACUGGCGAAAAACCUUUUUCCUGCUCAGUUUGUGGUCAAAGAUUCGCUCAAAAUCAAAACUUAAAAAGUCACAUAAGAACCCACACUGGUGAAAAACCUUUUUCCUGCUCAGUUUGUGGAAAGAGAUUUGUUCAUACGGGAGACUUAAAAAGACACAAAAGAACCCACACUGGUGAAAAACCUUUUUCCUGCUCAGUUUGUGGUCAAAGAUUCACUCAAAGAAAUAGUUUGAAAAUACACAUAAGAAUCCACACUGGAGAAAAGCCUUUUUCCUGCUCAGUUUGUGGAAAGAGAUAUGUUCAUACAGGAGACUUAACAAAACACACAAGAACCCACACUGGCGAAAAACCUUUUUCCUGCUCAGUUUGUGGGCAAACAUUCGCUCAAAAGGUAAACUUACAAAGUCAUGAAAGAACCCACACUGGCGAAAAACCUUUUUCCUGCUCAGUUUGUGGUCAAAGAUUUGGUCAAAAGCAAAACUUGCAAAUUCACAGAAGAACACACACUGGUGAAAAAACUUUUUCCUGCUCAAUUUGCGGUAAAGGAUUUGUUCAGGCGGGAGACCUAACAAAACACACAAGAACCCACACUGGUGAAAAACCUUUUUCCUGCUCAGUUUGUGGUCAAAGAUUCACUCAAAGAAAUAGCUUGAAAAUACACUCAAGAAUCCACACUGGAGAAAAACCUUUCUCCUGCUCAGUUUGUGGAAAGAGAUUUGUUCAUACGGGAGACUUAAUAAGACACAAAAGAAUCCACACUGGCGAAAAAUGUUUUUCCUGCUCAGUUUGUGGUCAAAGAUUCACUCUGAAGGAUCAGAUUAAGAGACACGUGUGUGUUGGUGUGAGAAGCAGUGGCCAAUGACUGUUUUGCCUGUCAUCCAUGCUGGCUUCAUCAGAUUUUGCAUGCAGGACAAUUGUAUUCUGUAGAGCUUUGGUGUUUGGUGUUAUACUUAUAUAGCGCUUUUCCACCUUCCUCAAAUCCUGUUGAGAGUUGGCACUUUUGGUGCCUCACAUGUGCUUUGUCUAGUCCUUGUAUGAUGUGCAUCCACACUAUUGCCGAAAGUAUUGGCUCACCCGAUUUAACUCUCAUGUGCCAAUAUAUAUAUAAAUAUAUGUAUGUGUAUGUAUAUAUAUAUAUAUAUAUUUAUAUACACACACACACACACACACACACAGUGGGGCAAAUAAGUAUUUAGUCAACCACUAAUUGUGCAAGUUACUGAUAGUAGCCUUUGUUACUGUGGUCCCAACUCUCUGUAGGUCAUUUACUAGGUCCCCCCGUGUGGUUCUGUGAAUUUUGCUCACCGUUCUUGUUGUCAUUUUGACGCCACGGGGUGAGGAGGGAGUUGAAAGUCCGUGUUGCCCAACGACAGCCCAAAAACAUCACUGCUCUAGAGGAGAUCUGCAUGGAGGAAUGGGCCAAAAUACCAGCAACAGUGUGUGAAAAGCUUGUGAAGAGUUAAAGAAAACGUUUGGCCUCCAUUAUUGCCAACAAAGGGUACAUAAAAUUGUAUUGAGAUGAACUUUUGGUAUAGACCAAAUACUUAUUUUCCACCAUGACUUGCAAAUAAAUUCUUUAAAAAUCAAACAACGUGAUUUUCUGUUUUUUCUUUUUUUCCCCUCAUUCUGUCUCUCAUGGUUGAGGUUUACCAUGUUGACAAUUACAGGCCUCUCUAAUAUUUUCAAGUGGGAGAACUUGCACAAUUAGUGGUUUACUAAAUACUUAUUUGCCCCACUGUAUAUGUAUGUAUAUUUUUUUUUUUAGGGGAGGGCAAUUUUAUUUUUGCAUAUGAAUUUUUUCUUCGAUUUAAUUUUUAAUUUUUUUAUUGAAGCAAAUUCUGGGGGGCAUUAAAUGAUUUAGACUCAAAUGUCGUAUGCGCAAUAUGGCCCAGACACAAAAAGGAUUGCUUCAAUCAAAAAAAACAUUUAAUACAAAUUGAAAUGUUCAAAUGUAAAUUUUCGAGUCAAAUAUUUCUUUCCCUUUCAACAUUUUUCCUAUGAUUGAAAAAAUAAAAAGUUUUUAGAUUGAAGUCAUUUUUCUAUUGAAAAUAUUUUCUUUUGUUUGACGCAACUUAUUUUGUGAUUGAAUUAUUAAGACACAAAUGUCCUACCCAAAAUGUGGCUCAAACUCAAAAUUAAAUUACUUCAUAAAGUUUUCAAAUGCUUUUUUUUUAGUCUCAAAUGUAUUUUUGCAUUCAAACACAUAUUUUCUUUUUUUAAUUGAAGUGACUUAUUUUGAUUGAAGCAACUUUUUAUUUUGAUUGAAUACUAAAGAUACAAAUCUACCUCCAUAAUAAGAAAUCUUAGAGUAAAAUUGAAGUAACUUGAGGCCGGUGUCGAGGCGAAAAAUUGCCGUCCCGCGUGAAAUGUCCCCCCUGACGGGAACGCUUAUUUAUAACGCUUUAUUGAGGUGAAAACAUCAAAUGUUUUCAUGGACGCAUUACAGUAAUGGAUUUACGACUGUAAAAUCAGUUUAAAAUAAGUUACACAAAAUACUAGUACUGUAUUUGAGUAACAAACUGUGGACUGGGCCAUAUAACCAUCUUUGAACAGAAAUGAAAUAGUCUACAAGUUUUCACGACCAUAUCCCAAUGACAAUCACACAGGUAUGAAAUUUAUUAGUUCACACAGAGUAAAAUAAUACAUAUUCACGGUACAAGAAAAUUGUUUCCAUGUCCAUCGAUUGGUAAGAAAAAGCUGUUUGUACGAGUGAAGUGUGGGCGCUCAAUACUAAAAUAAAUAAACAAAUAAAUAAAAUAAACGCUCAAUAAAGCGUUAUAAAUAAGCGUUCCCGUCAGAGGGACAUUUCACGCAGGGCGGCUAUUACUCGGCACAACACCGGGCCGAGUGUCCUCAUUUUUGGAAAUCAAAAUAUGGUAAAUCUAGCCAUAUUAAGGUUUAAAAGCGGAACUUCAAACCACCCGGGAGUUUACCGCCAUACCCAAAUUUCCCCAAUGGAGAAUCAAUAAAGGAUUAUUUUUAUGAUUCAAAACGAUAGACAUCCAAUUCAUUUAAACAGGGAGGUCUAGCCUUGAAUGCUCAUCUUUUAAUUCAAAUACCAUGAGGACAAAAAAUGAAUAGUAUUUUCCGAAUCGGUGAACCAACCUGGUCAUGUGCAAGGCACAACUUUUACUUGAAUUUUGCAAAAAAUCUAGCGUUGAAGUUGUCGCUGGUCGUUUGCGCCACAAAGUUCCGCCUUGAACUUUGCAGCCGGUGCGUUCUUGCGCGCAUUUUACACACUUUAGAAGGCUCCAACUUGAUGUUCAAGCGUCGAACCACGUUGGUCUGUGUUCGCAAGCUAAGCUAAGUUAAACUAAACUAAACUAAGCUAAGAUAAGUAUGCUCCGAAGCUUCAACACGCAUAAAGACCACUUGAAGUUGGACGGACCAAAUCUUUCGGUUUUGUUCCAGUCAAAUGGUUCUGAACUUCCUGCGUCGCGAACUUAGUGGGUUAACUCUGCACAAAAAGCAGCAUGUUGCUGAGCACGUUUAAUUUUCCGCAAGGGUAACUAUGGAGAUAGAAUAGUGCCAAAAGAAGUGAGGUUAUAAAAUGAAAAUUAUCCCUGUAAAAUGACCAAUUUUACCUAAAAAAAACCUUGUAUUUCCAACAUGAAAAAAACUCGAAGGAAUAAAUUGUUCUACAGGUUGUUUUUUGCUGUUUGCAAGUUUUUCUUUUGUUCUACAGGUGUUUUUUCUUCACUACGGGUUAAAAAUGA